GGGCCAUUAAACUUUCCCCUGCCACCCUGUACCUACUACCUACCUACAGGUAGGUACCCAGUAGUGGUGUACACGUACGUGUAGAUAGAUAUACUAACCGACCAACCCACCAACCAACCCAAGCCGGAGCACGCGCAAAUGUCCCAUUUCGCGCUGUUUGUGAUAGCAGACGACGGCGCUCAACACACUCAUCUCUCUCACUCAAGAUACCUAGACGCUUGAACAUUCCUUGCCUGAGCUACCGAACAUGUGCUGGUUGUUGACCUUUCGACGCGGGUUCCUCCCAGACGAUGGAUGCCACCGCACGUGUCACGUCCGAGAAACCUUCCUCUCCCUCCCUCGUUGCUUAUCUGUACACGUACUCCGUACGUACGUACGUACAUAUUGUGUAGUGUACCCAGUCGCCCCAUGCUCGCCAUUGCGGAUACCCUUCGCCGCCAGGUGCAGCAUCCGCGGCGCGGCGAGGCUAGGCGAAACCCAGGACGAGGGCAGAGAUCCAUGCAGCUACCCGUCUGCCGGGCUCCUCUUGCUGAUGGAGUCUUCGCUCAGCCUGGCUCUAUCCAUAUACUGUAGUUUGUCCGUACCUUGUGUACAUAUAGUGAUAACCGCGCCUUUCCUGGCGUGCUUGGUCUUAUCUCACCCUGAUUCCCUUGGGCAAGUUGGAAACUCGACAACCCCAGACAGCAGGGAGCGAGACCAAUCUCGAACCCAUGAAGACGAUGACGAUGCACGAGGUACAUACUAUACCAUACCCGGCUUCAACCCAUCCAUACUUUACUGAGUAAGGUGCGAAUGCACUGAAUCCAAUUUGGAUACCGGGUUUAAUAAAGUGAGAAUAGCCGAAGCUGAAGAAUCGGACAUGAAAAAAGAAAAGAUCCAAAAGACACUAGAUAUUCGACAUUAUUUAUAUUAAAUGCCGGAGAAAACACAACCCG